UUGGUACCGGGGAAGUGUAUUGUUCGUUCCGUCUUCCAUUCCGGAAACCCUAAUGGGAGCGAUUUCGGGUGGCGAUCGCGAGAAUCAGAGGAUUGAAGAGGAAGAGCCAUAUGGCGUGUUGCUUUAUUACAAGUACACCUCUAUUCCCGCUCUGAGCGAACUCGCUUCGUUCUACGAAUCCAACUGCAGCUCGCUGGGUCUACUCGGCCGAGUCAGGCUCUCCCCUCAUGGUGUCAAUGUCACUGUUGGUGGGAGGUUAGCUGCAUUGGAGGAACAUAUUGAUGCUCUGAAGCUGAAUCCUUUGUUUGAAGGGACUGAUUUCAAGCUUGCGUCUUGUCAUCACCCCUUGAACAACAAGGUCGCUCAGGAAUGCGGGUUUACAUCACUAUCGAUCCGGGUUGUUGAGGAAUUGGUGACUUUUAGUCCUUGUCCUCUCUUAAAAUCCCCGGAAAUCUCCAAUGCCGGAAAGCAUCUCUCUGCUGCUGAGUUCCAUUCCGUUCUUCAGAAUGCCGGUAAACUUCUUGAUGGAAACAGUGGGGAUGACAAUAAGGAACUCAUCUUGCUUGAUGCGAGGAACUUGUAUGAGACAAGAAUUGGGAAAUUUGAAACAACAAAUGUCGAUACCUUUGAUCCUGAAAUCAGGCAGUACAGUGAUUUGCCUUCCUGGAUUGAUCGGAAUACCGAUAAACUAAAGGGCAAAAAUGUACUUAUGUACUGCACCGGCGGAAUCAGAUGCGAGAUGGCUUCUGCAUAUAUUAGGUCAAAAGGGGCUGGAUUUGAGAACGUGUUUCAGCUGUUUGGUGGCAUACAGAGAUACCUGGAACAGUUUCCCGAUGGGGGUUUCUUCAAAGGGAAGAACUUUGUGUUUGAUCACCGCAUCUCGGUCGGGAGUUCAAAAUUCGACAUCAUUGGCAACUGCCUUCUCUGCGGAUCUUCUUUCGAUGAUUAUUCUCCGCGUUGUCGUUGCCAAUUCUGCAGGAUGCUUGUAUUAGUCUGUGAUAGUUGCAGGGUGAAAGGGGAUCUUUAUGUAUGUGAGCUUUGUCGGAAACACGGUAAAGGCACACACACUUUCAGUCUUGAACUCUCAUCUCAACAUUCCGAGACAAACGGAUCCGAGACUCGUCAGAAGUUGAGGAUCUUAUGCUUACAUGGCUUUAGGCAGAAUGCGUCCGGCUUCAAAGGGAGAAGUGGAUCGCUCAUUAAGAAACUUAAAAAUAUCGCAGAGCUUGUGUUCGUCGAUGCACCUCAUGAAUUACCGUUUGUCUACCAGACACCAGAGAACGAUGCCCCGUCUUCAGAUCAAAACCCGAUUUCUACCCUGCCACCAGGUACCUGCAAGAAGAAGUUUGCAUGGCUGGUUUCACCAGAUUCCGAGAAAACCGAUGGGACGAGCUGGAGAUUGGCCGAAGGAAAGUUCGAUCCCUUGCAAUACCAGUAUCAAACGGAUGGGUUCGAUGAAUCAUUAGCAUACUUGAAGAAGGUCUCCUCAGAACAAGGACCGUUCGAUGGCAUUCUCGGAUUCUCGCAAGGCGCAGCCAUGGCAGCCGCAGUUUGUGGGCAACCGGAUAGCCUCAAAGGCGAAAUGGACUUCAGAUUCUGCGUUCUCUGCUCGGGUUUCGCUCCUCUGCCAUUGUUGGAGAAGAAGAGAAGGUCGAUACGAUGCCCUUCGCUUCACAUUUUCGGGAGCGAACCAGGAAAAGAUCGACAGAUAGUGACUCGGGUCAGCGCUGAUCUCGCUGAAUUUUUCGAAGAGGGUUGCGCCACCGUCAUCGAGCAUGACUCCGGCCACAUAAUACCUACAAGAGCUCCUUAUAUCGAUGAGAUCAAAGCUUUCCUCAAAAGAUUUAUCUGAAGAAAAAGGUUUGAGACUCGAAACCAAAAUCUUUGUUGCAGUGAGAGAAAUGGUUUAUUACAGAUUGGGAAGACUCCUGAAAAGGAAAAGAAGCCUUUGAAUGUGAUGAUCCUGGCGAGUCGGCGGUUGGAGACCGCAUUUCCUUUGACAAAGAGCUUUCACCGGCGGGAUCUGUCUUUACAAUCUUUGUCCGGUUUGGUUUGAUUCAAUUCUGAUCAAACCAGAAUCGAACCGGUUGAUUUUGUAAUUUAUAUUGGAGAUCCCAACCAAUCUUCGCAUAAUUUUGUAUUUUGGUCUAUUUUUUAAUUUAUAAUUUCGAUCCUUUUAGUUAGUUA